UUUUAUAUCAUGUUGGAUUUUUUUUAAUUUUUUUUUACACUGAGAUUAAAUGGAGCAUAAAAUGUGGAGCAGGAACGCCGUGUCCGUGCUGUGAGCCUUCCCCAGGAGGCUGGACAGGAGAACAUGGCUGACGUGCCCUCGACCGCCGUCCGAGCGCAGACACCAUUUCGCGCUGCGUGUUAUCAGCAUUGCGAGGGAGGGGAAAGGCCGCCUCGCGCAUCACGUGCUCCCCUCUCGUCCAAUCAGGUGCCGUUUUGACGUCCACCGAGCGCGGUCUUAGCCAGACUCUCAGCUGAAUGGCAAUGGGGACGUGGAGGGUGUAGCGCUUGUCACUACUCGAAGGGAAGUGCGUUAAGAGAGCGGGAAAACCAGCACGCUGGGAAAGCAACCCCGUGCAUGUGAGAGGGCGGUACCGCGGGGUAAGUGCCCUGCAGUGAUCGGGAGAGGACGGCCCUGAGCUCCGGCGGCGGCUGGGGGAGUGGGGGGAAACUGUGAGAUAUGCAUCUUGUAAGCAGACGGCCAUUACAAUUAAUGGUAUAAGCAUAUCUUGCAGCCACCAUGGAGGAAGAAUCGGCUGCGAGAGGUGGCAUAGACGGUGUAGGCAAACUGCCAUCCGCAGCUCCUGCCUUCUUUGUCAUCCUGACUCCAUCUCAGGGCGAUGGCUCGAAGGAAGAAGGGAUCUUGGUUGCCAAUAGGGAUGUAUCGUCUGUGGCACCAGUUAUCACAACCGGUUCAGAUCAAUCCAAGUCAGAUUUCUUCCUUUCAUCUAAUUGUACAUCUGGGGAGAUCACUGUGACCCUCGACAAUAACAACAUGUGGAAUGAGUUUUACCGCUGUAACACCGAGAUGGUCUUAACCAAGCAAGGAAGACGGAUGUUUCCUUAUUGUCGCUAUUGGAUAUCUGGUUUAAAUCCUUAUCUAAAAUACAUCCUUGUUAUGGACAUCACUCCGUUGGAUAAUCAGCGCUGUAAGUGGAAUGGAAAGUGGUGGGAGCCUGCGGGGAAAGCCGACCCACAUGUUCUGGGCAGGGUGUUCAUUCACCCCGAGUCUCCGUCUACAGGGCAGUAUUGGAUGCAUCAGCCCGUCUCUUUCUAUAAACUGAAGCUGACCAAUAAUAUUUUGGACCAAGAGGGUCACAUCAUUCUUCACUCCAUGCACCGCUACUUGCCACGGCUACACGUGGUUCCCGCCGAAAAGUCGCCGGAGGUAAUUCAGCUUAACGGACCCGACGUUCACACUUUCACUUUCCCGCAGACCGAAUUCAUUGCCGUUACAGCCUAUCAGAAUUUCCAAAUUACCCAGCUAAAAAUUGAUUGCAACCCUUUUGCCAAAGGUUUUCGGGAAGGUACCGUACCAGGACGACCAGUUAAAGAUUUGAAGCACAAACCUUCAGAACAGGAGGUGGACGCUUCGAGCAGUAAAAAUUUAGAGGAGAAUGAGGACCCCGAUCGCAUGAAAAAGCUACAGGAAUUAUUCAAAAUGUCUGAGUAUUUAGAUGGUGACAAAGAGAAUGACAUUUUCAACUCGGUGCGAGAAUUCCUAAAGUUGACCAAGUCAACGCCUGUACUUGACAAAGACACUAAACCAGAUGAAGAUGUCCUUAAAAGGUUCGCCGAACACUCCUCUGUGGCAUCUCUAUCUACACCCCCUGAGCAGCUUAGUGUUGAAGUUAAAAAGGAGCCUGAAGAUGACUACGAUUACAGUAAGGCUUCAGCUUCAGCUCUAGAAGGUGUAGCGGUUAAGCAAGAACAGUCCGACACUGAAGAUGCCGAUGUCGAUUAUCCCAUAUUAGAGAAGCACUUUGCAAAGUUCAAGGAAGAUCCUUACCUGGAUGGAAACCACUCUUCAGACAGCCCAACAGGGGUUGCAAAAGCAAAAUUAUUGGAACUUGACCAGGGCAGUAUGUGCCUGGAGCCUUGUGCUGCUGAUAACCACCUUGAGGCUCCCGAUUUACCAAAGCCGGUCUUACCCGAAGACACACUACAAGACAUGGAUGCGCAGGACUCCACUCUCCGCACAGAGAGUCCUCCUAUUUGUCCAAGCCCAAGUGUUAAUUCCCAGGUUGGAGUCGAUGUCUCUGUAAAAGAAAAGAGGAAGAGAAUAUGUAAGAACAAGAUUGAUGAAAUAUACGCGACCCUGCAAACUGCACUGAGAACCUCCCGCGGUCCUAAAAGGAAAUGUCCUUUACUGUACCCCAAACCUCCAGUAACACCAACCCCUGGAAAUGAGGGCACUGUGGCACCCAUAGCGAAAAAAAGAGGGAGGCCGCCCAAGCCUAAAAUUUCUAAGGUAGGACGCCCUGCAAAAAAAGACAAUCCCAUAGAAGCUCCACGAUUGUUCCCAGAUUUCAAUCCAGACCUUGAAGAUGUGGACGGAGUCUUAUUUGUUGCUUUUUCUUCUAAGGAAGCUCUGGAUGUCCACAUGGAGAAUAAGCCUCCAGAUACUGAACCUUCCAGUCUUUCGACUCCUGAAGCCAACACAGAACUAACAGAUGAGAUGCAGAAGAUUUUGAGAUUGGAAAGGCAGCUGUUGACUCAUUUGAAGACCAUGAAGAACAGGCAGGUCAUCCACCCGGCCUUACAACAGGUGGGAUUAAAAUUAAACAUUGUGGAUCCUGCCAUGAGCAUUGACCUGAGGUAUCUAGGAGUUGAGCUUACACUGCUGUCUAUCACCAGUGAUGCAAACUAUGACGAUAAUGGCUUGUGUGCACAAGGGUGGCCAUUUGUGUCCAGAACCGGGAAAACCACUGACUACACAAAGAUAAAAGGAUGGCGAGAUAAAUUCUCCACAGAACCAGCAACCUCCUCACAUAAAAAUGAAGCUGGCCGGAAGAACCUCUCAGCCUUCUGCAGCGAUGAGCUUGAUGAGUAUCUAGAGAAUGAAGCAAAAUUGAUGGGUGACCUCAAAGAACUGACUUGGCACAAACCAGAGUCCUCUGUCAGUUAUCAGCUGCCUACUAAAAGCAGCAGUUAUGUGAGGACGCUGGACAGUGUGCUGAAGAAACAAGCACAACAAGCAAAGUCUUCAUUGAAUACCGCAGAACAGUUUCCUGUGCCGAGGAAAAAACGCAAGUAUACUCGCCGAGUGUCCACCCCUAAACCAGAUUCCAAAGCAAGGCCUAUAAUACCAGCCUCAAUUACUGUAAAGGAGAAGUCUGCUAAACCACACUCUGUGCAGAAGAAGGACCAUUCUGCAUCACACUUUCUGGACAAAGUACCGUCCGCUCCAUCCAGUUCAGUGGAAUGCCUUUCCGAGUCCCAACCUGUGUUAAAACCAUCGGAGGAUGAGCAGAGUGGCACUGUUCAGCCCAACUUAGUUGCUUCUGGGGAGGGCAGCGUGUUCCUAAAUCUCCAGACACAGCAAGCUUCAAAACCUAUUGGGUUUUCUAAAGCUCAAAUGAAGCUUUUAGAAUUAGAGGAAUGUGCUAUGUGGGAAGGAAAGCCUCGCACUUAUAUCACAAAGGAACGGGCAGAUUUAUCGCUCUCCACUCUUCUUACAGCCCAGGCUUCUCUGAGAAACAAACCCAUCCAGAAAUCGAUUAACAAACGGACAGACUUGUGCAACAAGGACUUUUGCCGUUUAGGUUGCAUUUGCUCCAGUUUAGGUCUUACAACGCGCGGGGACACUCACUGUCGUCAUGAGACCUGUAUGUUUAGUUGUGAUUGCCUGAAAAACAAGCAUAGUGGAAAAGAAGGGCUCAAGGAUGAGACAACCCAGAAUAAAUCUGAGACCGCUUUCUCUCUUGUUCCUGGAUACGGUUACCAACCUGUGCAGGCAGAGAAAACUGUGAAGUCUCCAGAAGCCAGGCAGACAGAAGAACACCAGGAAAUGACCGUGGAAGGCUCCGGGAAAGCCAGAAAGAGGAAAUUUAAUGAAGGCAAUGACAGGAAAUCAGAUGUGCGGACACCGGUGCCUUUUCCUAUCUGGAAUAGAUCUGAUGUAGCAGAUGAUCCAGAGCCUCUUUGUAUUCCUGAACAGUCUGAAUUUGUUGAGCCCAAAAUCUUGCACAAAGAACACGCAGUGAAGGGCAAGUCUCCAGGCGGCGGUGGCGGCAAAGUUGGACGUCCAAGCUCUGUGGCGCACAUACACCCGGAGAAUCCAAUGUAUUUGCACUUAAACAGCAUGAGGACAUGUGCUCGAGUCAGAGCCUAUCAACGAAAAGCACCAGAGGAAAAGAAAAUGAAAGACCAAAGCAUAUGUGGCUCUGACACCCCUGGCAAGGAGCACAACCUUAAAUCAAGCAAAACCAGAGAGCAAGAAAAGGAUGCCAACAAAGAGGAUGAAAUUGUAGAAAAAAAGUGUGACACGAUGAACAACCAUGAUCCAAGCAAGCUCAUUGACAUUAUCUCAGACUGCAGCCGGGAAGAGGAUGACAGUAAGGUUUUAAACAUUACAUCGCAGCGCAUGACUAGAAGAGAACCACAGUCAUUCAAGGUGGGAAGCUUUAAUGUUGAGCUGAAGCAAGAAAAUGGCAUAGGAGAAAAGUCUGCUUCAGGUACCUUUUGUUCUCGUGUGAAGAUUGCAGUAUCUGCAGAGAAGCAGGUAAACUCUGACCCUCCAAAUCCAAGGCCUGAAAAUGCAAAACCUUCAGAAGAACCUGAAAAUAAGCCUGCUGAUAUAGAAGCAAAGUCUCAUGGAGGGAAGGGAUUGCCAUUCUACGCCAAGGUUAUUCCUGCUGGCAAACUAGUGGCUCAUUUGAGGACUUCAGACGUCAAUCAAGCACACCUGGUUGAGGUCAAUGGCAAGAAUCACCCUCAAGCAAAAUUGCUUUUGGGGCAAAUGGGAGCACUUCAUCCAGCUAACAGACUUGCAGCUUAUGUUACACGUAGACUGCAGCCGAGCCUUUCUCAUCUCUCCAAAGUGAAUGAAGUCAGUGCCAAAAUGGCUACUAAAAGUCCUUCUUCAGAUGUAAUUACUGAAGAUAAGUCAAAGGACAGCCUCCCUUCACAGCAGAAUAAGACUGCUGCACAAUCCAGGCCUAGCAGCACACUCACUCAGUCUGUCAUGGGUGACGAUGGAUCAGUGCAAAAAAGUCCUGGAGUCAGCUCAUCUGAACCCACCAUACUGGGGUCACCAAAACUGAGCAUCCAGUCUACUCGGCUAAUAUUCGUCUCCUCUACUGUGGCGGCGGGGAAGCAAGCCCCAGCUAUCACUACUACUUCUUCUUCUUCUAUGAACCUGCCAUCUUUGUCUACCAUACCCCUCUCUUCUGCUGGCUUAAGCGCUGAUUCUCCCUCCAGAAAGAAAGCAACACCUUCCCUCCCAACCUUAAUGCGUGUAACAAAACUGAUAACAAAAGGCUCUUCUCUGUCCAUUCCUGCAGGAAUAGUAGCCGCAACCGAUGCCCGCGCAAUGACCUUGACAUCCGUACCCUCCACUAAGGACACUGUUCUGACACCACCCGUACUGUCUUCACCUUUGGUCAAAUCCUCACCCACUACAGGGAAUAGAUCAUCAGUCUCCCCUUCCAAUAACCCUGGUAUUAAUAAAAGCAUUGCUACUUCAUUACCAAGUUUAGUAUUGUCACCCAAUGUGCCACGAGUUGGAUCAGUAGCUUCUCAAGUUGGAUUAAAUAUUACCUCUCCAGUGACUGUAAAAACAGUCUCCAAUUCCACUGUGCCAGCAUUGAAUCCUUCUAAAGUAACCUCAAGUCCUGGAAAACGCUUAGGUCCUCGACUUCUUCUAAUUCCUGUAAACAGCUCCUCCAGUCCUUCUCGACCAGUACAGUGUGUGCAGUCAUCUCCUGGACAGAAGAUGGUGUUACAGCCCAUAAAGACUACUAGCGGUGUCACUUUAUUUAGGCACCCCAACGGCCAACUCAUUCAGCUCGUGCCAUUGCAGCAAGUUCAGUCUUCCAAUGUUCAGCCAAGUAGGCAGCAAGUCAUCAUCCGUAAUCCAGGUCCUGUUAUGGGCGUCCGCCUUCCUUUUCUAACAAAAUCUGAAGCCUCAGCCUCAACUUCGGUGUCCAUUCCAGCAACCACUGUUCCUCCUGUUUCUCCUUCAUCUAACUUACCGAUUCUUUCUCCUUCCAAGACCAGUCCAAAUAAAUCUGGGACAGUAAUCUUUCCACAAAAUCCACCCAUGCUUUCUCAGCUCGGUUCUCUUGCCGUGAAAGCCUCCCCACCCAAAAGUAACUGUGAGGCAUCUCUUUCUUUUCCAAAAGUUGUAACUUACACCGCUAGUGAACAUGCUGUAAUAACAUCUAAAGUGAUGCCCCUCCUUUCAGCAGGUCUUUCCUUGCCAAAUAUCCCACCACCUACAUUGCAAAAUAAUAGCCCCACAAAUGCUGCUACAAAACCUAACCUAACACUAAUGGGCAAUAAGCCAGGCACUACAAGUAAUCCAAAUGAAGAAGAUAAGAAGCUUUCAGAUUCAUUAAGUCCUCUAAAAUAUGUCUCAAGUGGGGAAAAAAGUGACAACGAAGUAGUCAAAGAAUGUGAAGGGCAGCCUACACCUGAAAUUGUUAAUGAUGGGAAUGGACCUGAAGUGCAAAAGUCUACAAACCAACAAAUCAAAUCUGUGACUGAAGAGGUCGAUACCAUAGCUAAGGAGGAGCAAUGUCAGAAUGGACAGCAAGACAAUGGACACUGUCAGCUCAGUAUUGAUUCCAUCAAUGAACUGUUUGCUUCAAAUGUAGACCUGCUGCAAGAACCUAGAAAGAACGAUUCCCAAGAUGUUUUGAUGAGGAGAGACCAAGGUCCAGCAGAUAACAGUGAAAGUCAACAGUGCAUAGCAGAUAAUACCAAUAGUCAAGAGAAAUCUGGGGACAGCAGUCCCGUGACCUUAGCCUCAGCAGAACACGUAGCUGCAGGUAUAGAGCAAUGUAAAACUGGGGAGAAAGUAGAAUUAUCGAUAGAACAAAAGUCGGCAAAAUCACAAGACGCUGUGUCAUCAUCCGAUCAGAAUAACUGUGAAAGUCUCCAAGUGGAUCCACAAGCAAAGAAAGUCUCCAAGUGGAUCGACAGCAAAGAAACGAUUUCUGACGACCAGGAAAUCCAGAGCAAUCCACAAACUGAGGAAGAAAGUGAUGUUGACUCUGUGGACAUCGAAACCGUGGAGGAGCUUUCUGACAUGAUAGCUCGUGCGAAAACAUAUGCUGCUGUGACUUUAAAAUGUGGUACUCCAGGAAAAGUUUGUGAAAAUUACUCCAAGAGUGGAGUUGAUGAUUAUGUGGACAUUGAGACAGUGGAAGCGCUUUCUGAGAAGAUAAAUUUUGCUUAUCUAAAGGAAUCUGCUCAUUUAAAUAAGGACAUGUGUGACACUGAAGGAAAAUCAUCCAAAGGGCGGAAGAAGGGCUCCAAGAUGACUGGAGAGGACAUCUUUUCAGAGCAUUAGAUGAGGGCACCAACUUAUUUCACCGUAAGAACCACACAGCCAAUGGAGCGGAAGAGGCGAAGUGAAUUGAGGGAUCUGUUUGAAGAACUGAGAAAUGCUCUUGGUCUUCACAAACCUUCCUAAAGUUUCUAAAAGUUUUAUCCUUAAACAGGCCAUAGAAGAGAUUAAGGACUUGACCGAUACUGCUGAUACGCUUAU